CUUCAACCCCGUCAAACCUGCCGCGUGAAUAAUACGCUGCGGAAAAAUCCGUGAACUAAAGGUAGAUCACGUGUAUCGCGGGAUUGUUCCCGAAAGUAUACGUAAACAGUGCUACGCAACACCAUCAGUGCUAUGUUAGAGUUUUAUCAUCCGAACUUGAACAUUAUGGCUUCGAUGCUGCCGCCGGAGAGGAGCAAUAGUUCUAGUGGGGGGAACGAUUGCAAUACUAGACCAGAUAACCUGAUAAAGUGCGAGAAAAACUGGUGCGAAAACAAUAACAUCCAUAAUACUUUAGAUAGUGGAGGUGGAGGAAGCCAAAUAAAAUGUGAGAAAAACUGCGAGAUAUGCGAGGGAUGCGGAUUGAAAAUUCACGAUAGAUACCUGAUGCGUGUGGCUGAUACCAGUUGGCACGAAGCUUGCCUUAUAUGCUCGAUGUGUGGCAUACUGCUGCAACAUUCCUGCUACACUAGGAAUACUAAACUAUACUGCAAGGCUGAUUAUGAUAGGAUAUUCGGAAUAAAAUGUUCUCGUUGCGGUGACCGCCUGCUACCACAUGAGCUUGUAAUGCGCGCUCAGCAACACGUGUACCACCUACAGUGCUUUGCUUGUGUGGUAUGCAGGCAACCCCUGCAGAAGGGCGAGCAGUUCGUGCUGCGCGCAGGACAGCUGUUCUGCAGGCAGGACUUCGAAAAGGAGAUGUUCCUCUUGCAGCAGGCUGCGGGGAGCGGAGAAGACGAAAUGGAUGAGAAUAGCAGGCCUAGGGAUGGUCGUAGAGGGCCAAAACGGCCCCGGACGAUUCUGACAUCGGCGCAACGGCGACAGUUCAAAGCCUCCUUCGAAGUUAGUCCGAAACCGUGUCGGAAAGUACGAGAGGCACUUGCCAAAGAAACGGGCUUGUCGGUUCGCGUUGUGCAAGUCUGGUUCCAGAACCAGAGGGCGAAAAUGAAAAAGAUUCAGAGGAAGGCGAAACAAGAAGACGGAAAGGACAGAGAUAAGGAUAAAGGUGAUAAAGAUGACAAGUCGGUCAAACAAGAAUCUCCAGGAAGCGAGCAUAGCCAUUACAUGGGGGUUGGUGGAGAUGGACAUUUCAGUGGAUCCAGUCAACCCCUCAAUCCCAACGUGCCCUAUUCUCCUGACGAUAAUUACCCUGCAAACUCUGGUGAGAGCUUCUGUAGCUCGGACAUCUCACAAGAUGACAGUACGAAUUUCGAGCAUCUGGACGAAGCCACUUCAGAUACGCUAUCACUUCAAAACAUGGAACUGCAGACACAGCCACAUCACGAGGCUGUACCGGCACCUGGAAGUAUCGCGAACCCCAUCGACAAGUUGUACCUAAUGCAAAACUCUUAUUUCAGCACAGAACAGUAGACUUCUUCGAGGAAUAUUUGUGAAUAGUAUGUAUAUAAAGACCAAAGCUAGUCAAAUUGUGAUAUACUGGCAGUAUAUGUUUAUACUGGUGAAUUACGGCAGGAUAAUAUACAGAUAUAGGUGUUAUUAAAUUGCGAGGAAAAUCUAGUCUGGUGGAAUUUCAGUUGAUUCAUGCUUUGAAUGAUGAGGUGCGAUAUACCUGUGGUAUUUUUAAAUCCAAAAACUCGCGCGAAACCCUCGAGAAAAUUUCGAGUUUAGGGGCAAACGCUUGGAAAUUUUCCCUCGUAUGAUCUAGUCGACAAUUAUUGCUUUAAUAUUUUUGAACAUUGUGGCAUCCUAUGCACGACACGUACUUGGAACUUAAGUAACUUUCUCAUUUGUUGGUGCGGCGCGAUUCUGUCAGUGUUGCCAUUAUUUUAAAAGAGACUUUUCCAUAGCAUUUCGCACCAACUAAUGUAUUAACCAUCUUGCAAUUCGGCUACGUUAUGCAUAACUUGACCAAAAUUUUACUGCAAUAGCGCAGAUACUCAAUGUACUUAUAAAAAAUGCAAGCACCAUAGAGACCUGGUAUUCAAGAACAAAAAUAGUUUAAGCUAAAUACCAAACGUAUAUUUGAUGUUACUUAUUUUGCAACUUCCAACGCCUUGCAUGAAGUGGCCAAUCUACAUAAAAUUGGCUGUUAGUCACCCUAGGCGGGAAGGCAAAGAAUGUGAGGAAAAUGUAUGAGAUAGCGGUGUGCGACAGCUACAGCUUCCUUCAGGUACUCAAAAGAUACAGAACGCUCUUUAAAAUGCUUUAAAACUGCCUCUUACUCUUAAGCAAUCUUGAAGAUUUCUGAGGUAAGAUUCCGGUUUACAGAUGCGUCAAAAUGAAUCAAUAAUUUUAGGAGCAAGCUACAGUCAGUAGAGCCCAGCCGCCGUCUUGAAAUUAUCGUUAUUUUUACGUUCAAAUAUAGUAUCCAUGCGUCAAAUGUAUCAUCUCGAAUUGCAGCUUGUUAAGUUGACAGUUCAAGUAGGGGGUACCUUUCUGAAAAGCAAUGUAGACUGAAGAGUGAAAGCUUGGCUCAAAAUUAGAGAAAUCAAGAUAAGCUUUUUUGUAUUCAUGUUAAAACUAAUUUUGGAGCUGACUCUAAAGAGAUCAAUAUAACUUAUGCUCAAGGAUGCCAAGAAGUUAUAUAGCGAUAUACGCUGUAAACCAUAUACCACUGACACCAUAAUGUGUACGAGAGGGAAGCGCGAGAAACGUGCAAGGCGUGAGUUAGAAAGAGAUAGAAACAUCUCGUUGCCUAGCAACCCGAGUGACGAGGCCACGAACGCAAUGGGCGCACUCUUUCUUUCAUUCAUAUUGGACGCUUCUAGCGCUUCUCUCUCGUACACAUUAUAUCAGCCAAAUUUGAACCUCACCGAAGAUGAGUUUAAUGGUCAAUCAGAUUUUGAGAGAACUUGAGCAUGAAUAAUACAAACCUUUUAAUUCAGGUUCUUCAUUCCAUUCUAAAAUGUGUGGCUAUUUUUCGUUCUGUUUUAUUUAAUUUUUAUAUG